AUGGAUGAUGAAUCAAUAGGCUCAUGUGAGUCUUUUUCAAGGCACAUAAAGGACUUCUCAGCUGUUCAAAACUCCAUGAAAAAUCAUGGAGCUCCAAGUGAGAUGGUAGAUAGUUCUGAAGCAAAUUUUACAAAGGAUUUGGGAGCACUACAGCACUACUCAAAUAAUGACGCAUUACUAAAUGAAAAACUAAAUGAGCUUAUGAAUAUUUCUAAAAAGAGAGGUUCCUCAGAUUCUCCGCUUGUUAUUAGAGAGUCGAAACAUAUUAUUGGUGAAAUUUUGAAGUGGUAUUUUGGGACGAGUCAUGUUUCGUUGAAUGAUAUUACUCCAGAUAUUUCUGAUGCUGAAAAUGUCUUUGUAAGUGCAGACGGACUAUUAAUUAACCUAUACUAUUCUUUUGGAUUCGAAAUAGAUUCAAAAUCUUCUCUUCAGACAUUACCGUAUGUUUACCUUUUUGAAAGGUUCAUGAAUUACCUUAUUGAGGCAGGUACAAAAAGAAUAAUCUUGAUUUUUCUUGAUAGUUUUAAUAAUGUCCUGGAAAAGAUCAACCCAGGCCUACCACUAUUGAGAAACUCUCUUAUUCUUCAUUCAAAACUUAAUCCAGAGGCAUUUAAUGCAUACCAUUUUACAAGUUGGUUAUCUGAGGAAUUUCAAGAAUUUCUGAGAGAGCUUGAACCUAGUAUAUUUUUGAUUGAAGAUGGGAGUUCCAUUUCCAAUUUGGAAAGCUUGGAAGUGAAACACGAGCAUGAUAUCAUUCAAGAAGUACCCAAUGAAGAUGAUGAAUCUUUAGAUGAAUAUGAUUCUGAAAAUUUGGACGAAGUUGAUAUUUCUACAUCAUUGCUUUCAUUUGCUUUGGAAAUGCUUAGCUAUUCAAAUAUUGCGAUAUUUUAUAAAAUGGAACGUAAGGGCCAAAGAAUUACUGCAUUUACAUAUUCAUCUGCGAUUGAGCCUCGUUUUAGUGAGGCAAACAAAGGAAUCAUGAGACAAAAUGCCCAAUUGAAAAUACAAGACGAAAUGAGAUUAUCAUCAGAUGCGAAUGACGACUUUGAAACAUGUAAUGGUGAUGUAGAUAGUUAUUUAGAGCUUAAGGACUAUGAAUAUAAUAUAGCUAAAGAGCUCAAAUCGUCGGAGAAUGACUUGUUUGUCCAAUUAGCUAAAUCAAUAAUACAUAAUUCAAUUUCAAAGGAAGAUUUGGAAUUAUCAAAAUCAGAUGAUGCAAUUAUGCACAAUAUUGAGCUAAUUCUCCUUUUUUCUAAAGUAACGCUUUUGUCUGGAUAUCUGAGAAGUUAUAAAUUGAGUUACUUGGAUAGGCACUAUAUUUCGAACUACAUGCUCGAGUUCAAAAAAUCCAUAGAAUCCGAAUCAGAACAAGCUGAUUGCGAUAAUGAAGGAUGGGAAUUUGCAGCCUCCAUCUUAAAAUCUUUAGAAUCAUUGUUUAUUUCAGAAUCAAUGAAACAAUUAAGGUCAAUGAUUAGCCACUUUGAAGAAGUCAAAUCUUUGAUAGAUAAAAGUCAUUUUGUUUCCAAUGUUUGCGAUUUAAAUGAUCCAUUAUUGCUCGAGUUCCUGUUUUAUAUUAUAGGGUAUACAAGUUUGAAGGAAGAGAAAAUUGGGGCCUCUCUUUUGAUGGAAAUUAUUGAUCUUGAAUCGUCUGACCAAAGUAAAUUGGAAGACUUAUGGAGUAAAGUUUCAAUGUUCAACAACGAACCAUUUUUCCCAUUAUUAUUCUCCGGGAAUCUAAAUAGAUAUGUUGUUGAAGAUAAUGAUAAAAGGUUUUUGAAUUUAUUCGGCGAAAUAUUGUUUUCAAGAGAGAAAUUAAACACUCAAAAAAAUUCAAUAGUAAACGAUGUAAAGCUUUUACCAAUUCAUUCCAAAUUUGUGGUUCGAGUAAUGUCUGAACUAGGAGUAGGUAUAUCAGAAAAUGGACAAAUUAAAGGAGCAAUAGUAGAAUCUGAUGAGAAAUUUGAUUCUCAAAAUAAUUAUUUAAAUCAGAUAAUUCAAAUUUCUGGUAUCAGAGACGUUGCAUCUUGGGAAAUUGAUAGGCCUCAAGAAACACGUCCAAACUUGAAGCAAGAAUAUUCUGGAGGAAAAGAAGGUUCAUCAGUUAAAUUAUCCCCAGAGCUGGAAAAGAAACGCCAAUUACGUGAUAACCAAAGAAAGCAGCAAUUCUGGUUUAACUUGGGUCAAAUAUUGACAGGAAAUGAUAAGCUACAACAAACCAUCGUUGUAAACCCAUUCCACGUUUGGAACAAGCUUUCUGCUAAAGAAACUGAGAAAGAAAAGAAUUUAUCAGGUACUUCAUCAUCUUCAAAAGCAGAAGAGAUCAGACGGAAAAAUGAGGAAGCUAAGUUAACUAAGAUGCGCCAGGACGAUGAAAAUCAAUUGCGGCAUUAUGAGCAGAAAUUGUCCCUAAUUCUAUCCAAAGGUGAUCCCGAUGCUUUUAUGCUUUCAGUCUACGAUAUGCUUAUUGGAAUCCCACGUAAAACUAAUGAAUUUGGCCGUUUCAGAGGUUUAUCGAAAUCAUUUAAGCUGCCAAAAUCAAGAAGUAAAAUUUUGAUUCGAACUUUACAAACAAGCAUUUCAGUUCUACGCAGUUUUAAAAGCAGUACUCUUCCAGAAGUAUCUCAUAUGGUUAAGGCUAGGUCGGCAGUUUGUAUGACUUUCAGGCUUGCAAUCGAAACAUUCAACCAAUAUUACUCUUAUUUUGAUAAGAAUGAUUUGCUCGAAGUUACUAAGAUUUUGAAUAACCUUGGGUUCUCAUCUUCUGCUUCUAAUCUAGUCGAAAGUUACAAGCAUAAAAUGGAGUCUGAUAUAAAAAGUAUGAUUGAUAAAGUUGAAUCUUCUAACGAUGACUCCAAAGGUAAAGGGCAUGAUAAAAGUAAGAAAUCUCAGGUCGGAAAAAAAUCUAAUCAAAAGAAAGAUAAAAAAGGUGGAUCUGAAAAUUCCACUUUUCCUGAAGACACUAACUAUUCCGAAUACCAAAGUAUUUACUCAUAUGUUAAAAAAUAUUUGCAGGAACUUAAACAAUCAACAAAAACAGGAAAGACUGACAAGAUCCACUUAUCUGUCCAAGAUGGGUGUGAGUCUUCAUUUCAACUACGUUAUAUGGGAGCAGAUUUUGAAAGGUCCACAGGAAGUGUUGCGGAUCCCAGAGUUCCAUUUAGUCCAGAUUACUGGCAAAAGCAAAUUUUAGACAUUAUUGACUCUGGAGAUUCUGCACUCGUAUGUGCCCCAACAGCUAGUGGAAAAACCUUUAUUUGCUACUAUGCAAUGGAACAAGUUCUGAGGUUCGACAAUGAAAGUGUGGUCGUAUUCAUUGCUCCUACAAAGGCCCUUGCGGAUCAGGUUCACGCUGAAAUUGCUUAUAGAUUUGGCUCAAAAACUUAUCCAAAUCAUUCGAGAAUUUCUCUACUUUGUAAACUGAGCAGAGAUUAUUCCAUUAACAUUCCAACCCAGUGCCAAAUUCUAAUCACACUUCCUUUUAUGUUGGAACUAUUGUUAAUGAGUACAGCUUACCAACAAUGGGUUUCAAAAAUCAAAUUUGUUAUUUUUGACGAGGUUCACUGUAUCAACGAAGCUGAAGGAGGUGUUUAUUGGGAAAGAAUUUUCCAGUUGAUUCCUUGUCCAUAUUUAUGCCUUUCCGCUACUAUUGGUAACCCACUUGCAUUUUAUAACUGGUUACAAAGAAUUGGAAAGCUUCCUUCUAGUAAAGUUCAUUUCAUAACUUACAGUGAAAGAUAUGCAGAUCUUUCCACAUUGGUAUAUGAUGAAGGAAACCUAUAUCCUCUAAACCCACUUUCUUCAUUAUCAUACGAUAGGGUUUUGUACUAUGGCCUUCCUGGAGACUUUUAUCUUCCACCUAACGAUGGUUUGGACUUAUUCCUUUCUUUGAAAGAGCUUCUUAAAUGCAAUUCAGAAGUUACAAAAGAAUAUUUAAUAUGGCUUGACCCUCAAGUAUUUUUUUCUGGAACUCCAGCAAUUACCAAAAGACAAUAUAGAUUUUAUCUUUCAACUUUAUUGGCAAUAACCGUAAAAUUAGUGCAAAAUAACACUUUAACUAAAGAAAUGUGGUUAAAUAUAACUGGAAAUUUGCUUCUUAAUCCCAGCAUAAAAUUCCAAAGACAAAUGGUUGAGCUCUCUAAAAAGAAUGAUAAUAAUCUAUACAAUAUUAUUAUGGGAGUUGAGAAUAUUAAGAACUUAUUGACUCAAGUUACCAAUUCAAUUGAUGGAAAUGCUUCAGAAAUAGGAACUCUUGCUAGCUCAAUAUCUCAAGCUAAAAACGCUAUUAUUACUCCUACAAGACCAAUCUCAGCAUACAAAACUGCUGAAUCUCUUUUAAGAUUCAUCAGGAAUCUUCAACAAGAGUUUAUGUUACCAUGUAUUAUUUUCAAUAUGGAGAGAAGUGUUGUUGAACACUUAGGAAAAUCAUUGAUUGAAAAACUUACAACUGACCACCAUGAUAAAUAUUACGGAUCAGAAGAGGCAAUUAAUGCCACAAAAGCCAUUAACAAACGAAGACAAGAACAAUAUGCCAAAGAUAUUCAAAGGCGUGAUAUGCUUCUUAAAUUUAAGACAAUGAGCCGUCAGCAAAGAGAAAAACAGGGUAUUGUUAUUGACGAAAGCGAAUUACAAGCUCUUGAAAAUUUACAAGAACCUGGUGACAUAUCUGAAGAGUAUGAUCCAGAGUUCUCAUUUUGUGACCGAAAAGUUAUGGGAGGAAGAGAGCGUGAGAUCCAGGAUACUUUAUACUCUUGUGAAGGCAGAAUUUCUCCUAUUUUUAUUGAGGGACUCAAAAGAGGUAUUGGAAUUCACCAUGAUGGUUUGAGCUUAAGAUACAGAAGAGCUGUUGAAACUCUUUAUCGUAUGGGUUAUUUAUGCAUCAUUAUUUCUACAAGAACACUAGCACUUGGUGUAAAUAUGCCGUGUAGGACUACAGUUUUUGUUAAUGAUUCAAUUUCAUUAACACCGCUUCUUUAUCGCCAAGCAUCAGGAAGAGCAGGAAGAAGAGGUUACGAUAUCCAAGGUUCUGUUAUUUUCUGGGACAUUUCUGUUGGAAAAAGAAAUAGAUUAUUAACGGCAGAGUUACCUACCAUCAAAGGUAAUUUCCCAGUUACUCCUACAACUGUUUUGAGAACAUUCAUGUUGUUUGAAAAUGUCCUUAAUGAACAAACAAAAAAUAACAUCUCUAAGGAAAGAGCUGUUAUUACGUUUAAAGCACUUGUAAAGUUCUUUAGAGAUUCAUUAUACUCAGUUGAUUACAAUCAUGAUUUCCAUAAAAAACUCACAGCAACACAAUUUAGAUUUAUUGUGGACCUACUUCGCAGAUUCCAUGUAUUGGACAAUUAUUGUGGAUGUACUGGGUAUGCAGGGCUUGUAUCCCAUAUGUUUGAAUAUGAAGGAACAAAUCUCCUCCUUUCCAGACUGAUUCACUCUGGAGUAUUAUUCAACUACCUGUUUAGUGAGAAUGAAAAUAUUUAUGUUGAGCAUAAUUCAAAUAACGAGCUUGCUAACUUGCUGAGAAAAGAUCCAAUUCAAAGACUUUUAAUAUUAUUGGCUCAUGUUUAUUUAACUAAACCUAUGACAAGAAACUCUAUUUAUAACAUAAAAAAGCAAAUUGAAAAGUCAUCUCUUCUCAACUUGAAACAAAGAAUUUCAUCUGGAAGGAUUCACCACCUUCUUCUUUCACUACCAGACUAUAUCCAACGUGAAAUUGAUCAAUUUAAUGAGAUUGUUUUCUCCAACAUGAGAAAUUCUUUGAGUGUCACAUGUACAGAUAUUGGAUAUGACACUACUGAGUUUAACCUCCCACUUUCAAAUAUUAAUGUGUUAUCUAAAAAAUCAAAACUUAGUAAAGAUUCAGUAAUAUCGUCAGGUAUUGACGAGUCAACUGAAAUUAAUAAUAAUUCGUGUAUUCAAUCGCCAUUCAUUUCUAUUAUGGGUCUUGAGGACAGAAAAUUAAAGUCGUCUCAACAACUUAUUUAUGGAUCUAGAGUUAAACUUAAUUGUACUCAUGACUUACUUUCAAUGGUUAAAGCAGAUAAAGUUGUUAUAGACAAAGAAAAAGAAAACGUUUCACUAAUUAUUGUAUUGAUUAACUCCUUCUUGGUUGAUUUCUACGAAUCACAAAGGUUUUCUGAAAUUAUCAAAAACAACUCUAUUGCAUCUUCAGAAAUUUUCUUCCUCAUUUCAGACUUUAAAGUACUUCUUGACAGGUUCCUCUAUUCUUUCAAUCUCAGAGAUCUUCAACAAUACCAAAAUCUCAAUAUUAGUCUAUCUAAGGAAUCCCUCGAAUUCUACAAAAACAUUUCCAGAUUAACUGAGAUUCUACAAGUUCUCUAUAAUAACUAUAGAAUUAUUGCAAGCAAAAAUGAUGCUUAG